ACUGGUUUCAGGUCAUUGCGAAGUUUCUGUGUCCACUUUUGAGUCUCGUAUUAGCUCUGUCCCUUUCAGAUUUCAACAUAGUCUUUCCCAACCAGAUGACGCAACCAAAACCACACAGCCGUUGGGUGGCAUUUCUGAGAAGGCUCUUGUUCCCUCCCUUCCUCUUCAACUUCCCAUUGGUGGAGAACCUUUCAGGGACCAGAGACCUCCUUGCGCCAAUCCCUUGCUCCCACAAUAAGGCAAAAGUCGAACAGAUCCACUGUGGAAGGGAUAGUUUGUGGGCGAAAGCGACCGAGCUGCAGAGUCGCAUGAUGGAUUCCUCAGCCCUGAUCUUUAUUGUUUGCCUGGUGUUAUCCCUUCAAUGCUGCCGCCUCCAGGAUCUCCAGUGCCCCCCUGUGGCCCCCCCAAGCAAUAUCACCGAGUUCUCCUGCUCCUCCCUGUCCCUUAGCCAUUUCCCAGCUGGCUUCCCUGAGCGGACGACCCUGAUCUCCGUCGAGUUCACAAACAUCUCCAGCAUUGGUGAGGAUGCGCUGCUGGGAUUGCCCAAGCUUCAGGAACUUCACCUAUCUAACAACAGGCUGGAGGACCUUCCCGGCGGCCUCUUCCGUGACCUCCCAGAGCUACACACCUUGGAUCUCACAAGCAAUCUCCUGGAAGAUCUGCCUCCGUCAAUAUUUGAGAGUUCCAGCUCGUUGAAUCAUCUGUUUCUCAAGAUGAACCAGUUGACCAAGUUGCGGCCACAGUGGUUCCACCCGUUAAGACGGCUGGAGACCCUGGAUCUCUCCAACAACCAGCUGAAGGACGUUCCCCCCUCCUGCUUCAGCAAGCUGGAGAAUUUGACAGCUCUGGACCUCUCCUCCAACUUCCUCCACCAGCUCUCUCCGCAGAUCCUGGAGGGGAUGCCUCUUUUGGAGAGGUUAGACCUAGGAGGCAACCAUCUCCACUCCAUCGCCGACAAGACCUUCCAGGAGGUUCCACGCCUGGGGUUCCUCUUCCUCCAAAACAACAACUUAACCCGUCUCCCACCAGGAAUCUUCGAGCCUCUGAGGAAUCUGGAUACCCUGUUCAUCUCCGAGAACCAGAUAGCUUCCUGGGAUCCUGGGUUCUCAGGCCAGCUCACAAACCUGAGCCUCGACCUCGCCAGAAACCCAUGGGCAUGUGAUUGCCUCAUGAGCACCUUCGUGGACUGGGUGAAGCGUCAUUCUGCCAUCCUGUACUCCAGGGAAGAAGUGGUUUGUGCCUCCCCUGAGAGCCUCAAAGGCCGGGUGGUGAUGUCGCUCAAAGAGGCUGAAUUUGGUGUUUGUUGAAUCCUCAGUACAUAACCAGGGUUUGCCCAGCCCUGUCCCUAAGGAGGAUGUUGCGAUUAAGCUCCAAAAUCA